CGGUGCGGUAUAAAUAUGAAUGUAUGGACGAAGAAGAUGCCCAGCGGUCACCAGAAUAAUAUCAACAGUUGCUGAAUGAUGGGUAGGAAGAACUUGGGUGACAGAAUGUGAAUUAUUAUUCGUUUUCAGACAGAGGAAUGAGCGCUGAAGUCUCCAACAGACGGCAACAGCAGCUCUGACUCCAUGCACCGAAGAAGAAGAAGAAGCAGCAGCUAGGUGGCUAACUCGAGCUAACCUUGGUAGCGACUCUUGAUCAUUGCGAGGACUUGACUUUGGUGUGAUGCGAGCUCCUCUGCGCUGGGUGCUGUGGGAUGUGAAAGACACCCUGCUGAAGGUGCGUGCGUCUGUGGGAGAGCAGUACUGCAAAGAGGCUGAGAGAAUGGGCCUGAGCCUCAGUCCUGUGGAGGUCGAAGCUGCUUUCCGACAGGCGCAUCGACGCUAUUCCAGCAGAUACCCAAACUACGGCAUCACUCAGGGUCUGAAUGGAAAGACUUGGUGGACGGGCGUGGUGCGGGACACUCUGUCCCAGUGCCGGGUGCAGGACCCUGCCCUGCUGGAUACAGCGGCAAACAACCUCUACUAUAACUUCUGCAAUGCAGAGAACUGGGAGGUAUUUCCAGACUCACAGAAGGCCUUGGAGAGCUGUUCCUCUCUGGGACUGAAGCUGGGCGUGGUGUCCAACUUUGACAGCCGUCUCGAAGCGAUUCUUCGUAGUUGUGGGCUGCUGUCACACUUCAGCUUUUUAGUAACAUCAGAGGAAGCCGGUGUAGCAAAGCCCAGUCCAGUCAUCUUUGAUCAGGCCCUGCAGAAAUGUGGCGUACCAGCCGAUAGUGUAGCUCAUAUUGGGGAUCACUAUGUGAAGGAUUACCUCACCUCCAGGUCCGUGGGCAUCCAUGGGUUCCUGAUAGACCGACACAACGAGCAUAACCAACCCGACAUUCCUCAAGAACAUCGGCUCAGCUCACUGGAGGAGCUGCCGUCACGGCUUCAGCAGCAUCUGGACUAAAACCUACCAGUCUAGUAUACGUCUGCUGAGCCUAUCUGUGCUCCUGACAGGAGUGUACACAGGUGAAUCGUGAAGAUCACGGGUUGUAAUGUAUAAUCUGUACAGUGUGUGAUUGUGCAUUUGUAAAUACUUUGGAGGCAAUAAAUAUCGAUACAUUCUA